GAGCUUUGAGUCGUGUGGGUGUGCCUUAGAGCUGUCAUGGCGGCUGACGGGGCAGUUGCUGCGUUUUUCCUGCUCCUCUGCACUGCUGCCGGCACCGCGUGGGGCUGGGAGCACCAAGGGGUUCUGCUGCGGGACGUGCAGGUGCUCACUCUGCACCGGGGCCGCUACACCACAGCCCGGCGAACGGCUGCGGUCCCUCAGCUUCAGUGCACUGGAGGCAGUGCUGGAUGCUCUGAUAUCCCUGAGGUUGUUCAGUGCUACAACAAAGGCUGGGAUGGCUACGACGUGCAGUGGCAGUGCAAAGCGGACUUGGAAGACACUCUUCGUUUUGGACAAAUUGAAGUGAGCUGUGAAGGCUAUAAUUACCCAGAUGAUCCUUACAUCUUAAGAGGGUCCUGCAGUUUGCUGUUCAGGUUAGAGCUGACGAAGGAAGGUGAAUGGAAAGCAAAGAACUCUGGAGGCUUUGGUUCUGGCUAUUACACAUCAACAAAGGAUUCUUCUCAUUCUGGUGCUGGAACAAUUUUUGUAAUUGUUCUACUGAUCCUUGCCUUUGGCGUAUACAAGUUUUUCCUUAGUAACCAACAGCCCCAGCAGAGUUUUGGUGACGGUGGCGGAUUCGCUCGUCCUUUCUGGCAGAGUCAUCAGGCGCCUCCUCCUCCUGGUUUUAAGUUCAGCUCCACAGAAGACAACGGCUUUGGGACUCGUUCCAGUCAUGAAACCAAUUCAGGACCAGGAUUUUGGACUGGCUUAGGAGCAGGAGGCUUGCUGGGCUACUUGGCUGGCAGUCAGAGAGCACAGCCACGUUCCUCGUAUUUCAAUACAUGGGGAGAUCCCACAGCUGUACCUCCAGUGUACAGACAGUCCAGCAAUUCCACACAAGGCAGCAGUACAAGAACUGCAUCUGACAUUACAACCUUUGAUGUGGCUCAUUUCUUUCAGAGUACAUAUUCACUGCAGAAUUAUCUACAUUCAAGCCGCCUGAAAGGAUUCCAACCACAAAAUGCUUGCUGCGGCCACUUCCGUGCGCUGCUACAAUUUCUUGGGGUACACAUGUGGGAUUUUUGGAAAGCGCUGGGAGAACUGACAGCACUUGAGUGCUGGAGCCGCUAACGGGUUGUGUAACUUGAGUUUUAGCCUAUAAAUCUGAUGGGGCAGCCACUAGAGUUAAGGGGGCUUGUGAAUGGCUCAGGCUUGACUUACUGGUGAUACUCAACUUACAGCUCAAAGGAGCUUUUCACCAGCGAACAAAUCUUUUGUGUUGGUAAGGAGAGCAUUGACCAAACAUCUUUAGGUGAAUAAGGCAACUAGGAAGAGAGACAGAUAGCAGUAAUGCACUAGAAAGCGAGACUAAAUCUCUGUUGAAAGAGGAGAUGACAGGCACAGCCUGUAUUAACAGCAGAGCGCAGCUUUCAUCCAAACAUACCAAAUGAAAGCAAGAGAAACCAUUUGAAAGCCAGGAAGCUGGAGAAAGACACUCAGAAGGACACAAGUUUAAGAUUUCAGAGU